GAUGAUGCUUGGAUGAUCGUCCGUACACCAAGUCGCGAACAAUUGUGAGGAUCUAGCAAUUGCGAGGGGGAGUUAGUACGAGAAGGCGGCGAUGAGUCGGGAUAGCUCAUCAGAUGGAUUCUCAGUGUUAGUGUUGGCAUCAGAUUUAGGUGUUGAUGCUCGACCCUUUUUGUCUACUCAGAACCACGAUGAAGAACAAGAGAGCUGGCAUGAUUGCGCUCAGCACCUUUCUUCGGACGAAGACUUCUCCGAUCUUGAUCUCUUACAUUUCCUUCGUCUCGAAGGUUCUGACAAUUGUGGAAAUCGGAUUUUCCGUAUCGUUGGCAAAUAUUAUCCCGCAACAGUUGUGAGUGCUGAACGGCUGAAGAGGUAUGUUUAUCACAAGAUAUGCAGUGAAUUACCAGAUGGUCCAUUUUGCAUUGUUUAUAUGCACAGCACUGUUCAGAAGGAGGAUAAUUCUCCAGGCCUAACUAUCUUGAGGUGGAUUUAUGAAGAAACGCCUAGUGAUAUCAAGGAUAGGCUUCAAACUGUAUAUUUCGUUCACCCUGGGCUUCGCUCAAGGCUAGCCAUUGCUACCCUUGGCCGAUUGUUCUUAAGUGGAGGAUUAUACUGGAAGAUCAAGUAUGCGAGCCGACUUCAGUACCUUUGGGAUGACAUGAAGAAAGGACAGGUUGAGAUACCUGAAUUUGUGAAGAGCCAUGAUGAUGUCCUGGAGCAUAGACCACUCACAGAUUAUGGCAUUGAACCAGACCCCUUUCACAUGAAUGAGCUUGCCUCAACAGCAUACUCAUUUGGAAAAUACGAGGGUAGAUGGACAUCAAGGGAUUACGGGUCUUAGCAUGCUUAACGAGUAUCAUAUCCUGACUCAAUUAUCUGAUGCCGGCUUUGUACAUAUCAUAUUGCAGAUCCUGCUCUGGAAGUUUCUGUUAAUGUACUAAACUUUGGUACUUGACCAUGUCUCCUGUCUCGAGAGAAUUGUUGUACGAGUCUAUUCGUUAGCUAUGCUAUCCAAAACUUUUAAUU